AUGAUAUUUUAUUUUUUAACGGGCACUCUAUUGUUCCUGUGGAUCUACAUUCUUUGGAGCCGAAGGGAAUUUUACAAGUUGAUAUUUAAAUUGCCGGGCCCUCUUGGCUAUCCAAUUGUGGGCAUGGCUCAUCAUCUAAUGAAGAGGGAAGAAAUUUUACAAGUAUUGGAAGCGGAAGAACAAAAGUAUGGACGAACGUUUUUUUCUUGGCUUGGUCCGUUUCCCUUUUUAGUAGUUGGGGAUCCUCAGAUAGCCCAAGACAUCUUAACUUCUCCUCAUUGUGUUAAUAAGAGUUUUUUAUAUAAGGCAGUGGACGAUGGCACCGGCAAAGGACUUUUUAGCUUGGCGAAUCCAAAAUGGAACAGUCACAGACGUCUACUAAACCCUGCUUUUGGACAUAAAGUUCUUUUGAAUUUCAUACCUGUUUUUAACCAGGAGGUGAAUAAACUUCUGCAAAACCUGGAUAUGUUCUUAACGGAGGAAAUCGAUUUGACGAAAAUAUUUCCAGAUUUUACACUAAAGAUUGCAGCACUGACGACAAUGGGUGACACGUUGCCUUCCGACGGUUCAAACCACUUUAAUGAGGGACUAUUAAGUUGUUAUAAAUGUGUUCAAGAAUCAAUCGCAAAGAUGUGUUUUUCACCUUGGCUGAAUUUCAGAGCAUUUAACUGGCUGUGGAAGAAUAAUUCGUCAUAUACAGAGGCCAAAUCCGAAAUUCGAAAUUACAUACGCAAGUUAAUUAUUGGAAAAACAAAGGACGAAUUAGAAAACUCGGAACACAAGUUUGCACUUGACCCAAAUAUUUUUAUAAAUCGUGCAAUUGAUUUAGCACGAAAGGGACAUUUCGAUUGGCAGAACGUUGAAGACGAAUGCAAAAUUAUAGUGUUUGGGGCUUUCGAGACAACUUCAAAUACUGUCGUUUACAUUCUCACGAUGCUGGCAAUGUUCCCACAAUAUCAGGAGGAGGUUUACGAGGAAGUCAUGUCCAUAUUUUCAAGUAAAGAUGAUGAUGAAGUAUCUUACGAUGAGAUACAACAGAUGGUGUACUUGGAUAUGGUUAUCAAUGAAACGAUGCGUGUGAUGGCUCCAGUGCCUUUGGUCGCCAGGCAAACGGAACAUGAAGUUCGCUUAAGUAAUGGUGUUGUAAUUCCAAAAGGGUUACAGGUUGCUAUUGACAUUUUUAAUAUGCAUCGAAGAACGGAUAUUUGGGGUCCCGAAGCACAUAUCUUCAAUCCGGAUAAUUUUCUGCCCUCAAAUUUGAAUGACAAACAUCCAUAUGCGUUCAUACCAUUUACGAAGGGAAUUCGGAACUGCAUUGGUUGGAAAUAUGCAUUGCUAUCACUGAAAAUAACCAUCGCCAAGCUAAUAUGGAAAUUUAGAUUUACUACUUCAUUUGAAUACCAACGUCUACAUUUUGUGGAAGACAUUACAAUUAAGUUGAAGGAAAUUCCCCUUUUUCGAAUAUAUGAAAGAAAUAAAUGUGAUAAUUUUGAGAAAUGGAAGCACAAUCGGAAACUUAUGAAUACAGCAUUCACACACAAAGCCAUAACGAAUUUUAUUCCAAUAUUCACUGAGCGUACCCAAGCCUUGGUGGGCAAAAUAAAUGAUUGCGUCGGAAAAGGAGAGUGCAAAGUAUCUGAGAUAAUUAAGCACACGUUUCUCGAUAUGGCACUAGAGACCACUAUGGGUGUGGGCCUUUACCGAGGACAGGAACAACACGAUGAAAUUGUUUACGGAUUUAAUUACAUGUUGGAACAAGUCGCUACCGGUGCCAUGCUUAGCGCAAUAAAUGCCGGAUUUUUGGCAUGCACCCCAAAAUACUACAGAACGCAGGGAUCCAUAAAAUAUUACAUCGAAAGGUUAAUCAAAGACAAGCGGAAGGCGAAAAAGGCGACCGUUGAUAACAUGGCUUUUGAUUGUAGAGAGAAGUACGAGGAAGGCAAUAUAAAAAAGGAUGCAGAUGUUUUUAUAGAUCGCGCACUUAACUUUCAAGCUCGCGGCUUGUUUGAUCAAAACGAUGUAAUAAACGAGACAAAAACCAUCAUUGCUGGGUCAUUCGAUACGGUUUCCACACAAAUCUUCUCAAUACUCAUAAUGCUCGCCAUGCAUCCCGAAGUACAAGAGAAACUCUACGAAGAGACAAAGCACACAAUCGCUCAGCAAGAUCCUCCAAUUGAUUACGAAUAUCUGAAAAAACUGUUAUAUAUGGAUAUGGUGAUAAAGGAGACGCUUCGCUUAAUGCCAUCUAUACCAGUUAUUGGCCGAGAAGCUAUAAAAGAUGCCACAGUUAAUGACAUACACUUGCCGGAGGGCAUGCAAAUAAUGAUACCAAUUUUUAUUCUUCAUCGGCGCAAGGACCUAUGGGGCCCGCUUGCUAAUGCUUUUAACCCAGAUAAUUUUCUCUCGGAAAACGUGAGUAAACGUCAUCCUUAUGCGUAUAUGCCUUUUUCGAAAGGAUCACGCAACUGCAUAGGGUGGCUUUAUGCAGAUAUAGUUUUGCGCGUAAUGCUUCUGGGUUUGAUUCGCAAUUUUAGGUUUUCCACAACAUUUCGGUAUGAAAAUCUGGUAUUUGCUGACCACAUAAGUUUGAGAUACGUUGAAGAACCGAAACUGCAGAUAUAUCGAAGAAAUAUUGGUUUCCAAAAAAUCAACUGA